CGUCAGGGGUGGCUGGCAGGGGUGGUCGUGGCGGCCGCGGCGGGGUCACGUCCCGGGAUGCAAAUGAACGAGGAGCAAGUCGCCAGAGGGAGGACAACUCACACCUACCCCCGCGUGCGCCUUCCUCGCGCCGCUCUCGUCGCACGUCCGCGGGCAACUACCUGCGACUGGGUAGGCUUUCUUCGACGUCCUGGAUCAGUAGCCGCAACUUACAUUCCGACCCUUGCCCGUCAACCCCUUUUCUUGUUACUUCUUGCCAUCCUUCCGCCUGAAACGACGCAGAACAAGAAAUGGUCGUACGACAACGAGCACGGAGCCUAUACGUGGUUGCAGCAUCUGGCCACACCCGCGGUCAACCUGCUUCGCCGGAACGACAAGUACCUCCAAGAGCUGAGGGAUCGUGGGGAUGACCCCGAGACGUUCAUCAAAGAGUUCUUCCUCUCUGGGUUCGGGCAGAAGAAGCUGAAGAAAUGGUUCAAGAGCCAGAAGAAGCAGGCUGGCGACUACCACCGAGACCAAGGGCAGACCGGAGCGAGCGGUGGGAAGACAGAGAAGCCUUGCGUGUCCUUGCGCCAGCAGUUGUACUCGACGAACGCUGCUGUUGUCAAGGACCACAUGCAGGAGUCAUCUCUUCCGAGUCCCGCCCCCGCGCGUGGGAGCGGGGACGGAGACGGGGACGGGGACGGGGACGGGGACGGUGUCGACCUCGGCUGGGACGAUGUCGGUGUCGACACCACCGUCGUAGAUUCGCGGGAUGGCGGAGUCAACCUUGCGCACCGCAUGAACGCCGAAGACGAGGCUGACAGUGGCUCGGAGGGAGGCAACGACACCGAGGACCUCCAGGGCCCCGAGGACUCCGACGCCGAUGGGAACGCCGAUAGCAAUGACGAGGAUGGUGACGAGGAGGGCGAGGUCGAAGAAGCCGUCACCAACGGGGGGGGAAGCUCGCGCGCAGGGCUGCCCCCCCGCAAAUCGCGUGGGAGUGCGAAGGGGGCGGGGUCGGGAAGCAGCAUCCCGGGGGCGACCUCGGCAGCUGCGUCGAAGCCGUCCAGCGGUAAGGGCAAGGGGAAGCGUCGCGCGAAGCACGGCACUCACCAGGACUUGGACGAUGAGGAGGCGGAGGAGCGCGCAACAUCACGCCCCGUUCCCCCUGCCGCCAAACGCGAAAGCGCGUGGGCCCCCCCUGACCGCAAGAAUAGUGUGCAAGGGAUACUGGAACAUGAAAGGGAUCAACGUGAACAGAGAACGGACAUACUCAGGCAGUUCGUGAAGGCAAGGAGUGGUGGCGGCUCCGGGUCGGGGGGUGGUGGCUCGGAUUUCCAGGAACGGCAGCUCGCCGAGCAGACAAGGUCCAACAAGAUGAACCAGGUGACCGAGCUCGCGAGGAUGGGGGUCGUCAAUAAGAAGGAGCUGAGGAAGAUGGUCGCCCACGUUUCCCCGGAACUAGCGCAGUUUAUGCAGCCAGACGCACUUGAUGAUCUUAGCCUGCCUUCCGACUUCGACUAG